CGGAAACCUAUACGAUAUUCUAAAACUCAAAACCAAGUAUUUGUUCCGGAUUGUGCAAUACCCAUAGGAAGAGUCUAGAAAUAGGAUAAGUUUACUCCGAUAAGGAAUAUUUCAUGUACCCUAUACCAGAAAUGGAAAUAGAAAAAUGUUAAGACGGACCAUGGAGAAGAUUGGACUUAGCUACAACACCAUCAUGGAGCCAAUGUCAAUUGAAGAGAAGGGGAAAGUUGUGAUCGAACCAGACCCAGAAACACAAAACCCCACCAAGAAAUGGCAAAAGAUGAAGGUGAAACAGACAUGGAAGAGUGUGGACCCAGUUGACCCUGCCAGUGGACCUGUAUCAGAAGACUGUGUACGUUUUGUGUGCAUUUCUGACACCCAUGCCAAGUUGUGGAAGAUGAAGCACCAGAUUCCUGCAGGGGAUGUAUUACUGCAUGCUGGUGACAUCACAAAUGUAGGCUUGCCAAAGGACAUCAAAGAAUUCAAUGAUACUCUAGGACAGUUACCACAUAAACAUAAGCUGGUGAUUGUGGGGAACCAUGACUUAACCUUUGAUGAUGAGAUGAUGACGGAGAGACCAGAAUCACUCACAAAGUUUGGUAUUAAACCGGAUGCAGUAAAGUCUUACCUGACAGAACAAGGGGUCACUAAUGUCAGACAACUGCUGACAAACUGUGUGUACUUAGAGGACGCCAGUGUGGAAUUGUACGGAAUCAAGAUCUACGGGUCACCAUGGCAGCCGGAGUUCUGUGACUGGGGAUUUAAUUUACCCAGAGGUCAGCCAUGUUUGUCAAAGUGGAACCUGAUUCCUUGUGAUACAGACAUCCUUAUAACACAUGGACCACCUCUAGGUCAUGGAGAUCUGUGCUUUGAUGGGGUGAGAGCUGGAUGUUUGGAGCUUCUUAACACUGUUCAGAAACGAGUUCAGCCCAAGUACCACCUGUUUGGACAUAUUCAUGAAGGGUAUGGAAUUUCCACAGAUGGCAUCACGACCUACAUCAAUGCCUCCACCUGCACCCUGCAGUACAAACCAGUCCAGCCCCCCAUUGUAUUCGACUUCCCACUUCCCCCAGGACACACAAAGGAGGAAGCCAUAGGAGCUAUUCAGAACUUUGGUCAGAAAUCACUCAGCUGUGAAUUAACACAGGAUGGGGAGGGAGGUUCAGACUCGGAUGUGGAAUUCAAGGAUGAUUAGUGCAGAGAGUUCAGGGGGGUCUGCCCCUGUUUUGGAUCAGUCAUCUCCACUUCUCUUCAAUUCUUUUGUUUUGAUAAUCUAACUGAAGGGUGAUAUGCACUGCUGGGUGGAUUCAGGAAUUUUCAAAUGGUGGUGGUGCACCUUCAAAAGAUGCCAAACUUUGUUAGGAAUCAAACUGAUUAAUGAUCAAAAUGAGACAGGAAUAUUCUCAGGUUAUCUCACUAAAAUGGUGUGAAUUCUCACAAUAAAAUAGAUACUAAGUUUAAACCAAGUUUAGUAGGUGAGUAAAUGAGCCACUGCCCAGAAAAAGAUAUUGCAGUUUCUUGUAGAAAUAAAUAACCACAAGUCUUUCAUUUUCUUUUUAAAAUGAACUCUGGGGUCCAUCCAGGAUUCACUUUUAAAUAAAAGUUUCUGAUAACCAGUUUACCAUUGUUCACCAAACUUUGUGUUUUUUUUUUUUUUUGGUCCAGUUAUAUAACGACAAAGCAAAAUUACCACAUUCCUUACCAUAAAGUCUAAAUUCUGGAAAUUUAAUUGAUACUCACUUUGCUAGGAAUCGCAUAAACAUUAAGAUUUAUUUUCUGUAUUCUGCACACAUUGUGACAUGUUAUAAUAAUUAUUUGUUUUGAACUUGUUAGGCAGAAUGUCUGGAGAACUUUUGUCACACCCCAUUGUCGACAGUGUCCUCAUAGUGACAUCUAUAGACAGCACGUUAAAGUUUUUUUAAUUGUUUAUUUCCAGUAGACUGUUAUUCGUACAUGUUUCAUUCAAACUUUCAUCAAUGAUUCAGCAAUAGGCCAUAUAUGUAUACUGUACUUCUUUUAACUUAAUUUACAAAGCCUGAUAUUUUCAUAAAAUAUUAAAUUCUAGUAUCUGUUACUCAGUGUGUACUAUAAAUGUGAAAUAUACAUGGUCUUUUUUAGUGACAAUUUGAACUCUGUUUUGUAAAGUACCUUAAUGUAGAGAGAGAGAUUAUCCUUAGCAUUAUACUAUACCUCAUUUUUAUGAAUAAUGAUCCAUAAGCUGUGAUUUUUUAUUCUUUUUUAGAUUUUAUACAAGUAUUUUGAAUUCAUUAUUCUGUUUACAUAUAUGAUAAAACAAUGUUUCCUGUA